AUGGCGAGGCUGCGCCGGCGGGUGCCCUGCGCGCUGCUGCUCGGCCUGGCCGUGCUGCUGAGGGCGAGGCCGGUGCCCGCGGCCGCCCGGGCCGAGCUCGGCCGCUCCGACCUCAGCCUCAUCCAGCAGCAGCAGCAGCGGCAGCGGGAGGCGGCGGCGGCGGCGGCGGCCGAGCGGCCGGACGUGCCGGGGACCUUUGCUAACACGGCCGCCACCGUCCCCGCGCCAGUGUCUGUUUUUAUGCUGAAGGUUCAGGUGAAUGACAUCAUCAGCCGUCAAUACCUGAGUCAAGCAGUUGUGGAAGUAUUUGUGAACUAUACAAAGACAAAUUCUGCAAUAACUAAAAAUAAUGGUGCAGUGUCGAUAAGAGUACCCUAUAAGUUAGGACUCAGUUUAACAAUUAUUGCAUACAAGGAUGGCUACGUAAUGACACCCCUGCCCUGGAAGACUGGAAGAAUGCCAAUAUAUUCAUCAGUGACACUUUCACUGUUCCCACAAAGCCAAGCAAAUAUAUGGCUCUUUGAAGACACAGUUUUAAUUACUGGAAAAUUAGCUGAUGCCAAAUCUCAACCAAGUGUUCAGUUUUCAAAAGCCUUAAUUAAACUGCCAGACAACCAUCACAUCAACAAUGUCACAGGCUACCUUACUGUUCUACAGCAGUUUUUGAAAGUGGACAAUUUUCUUUAUACAACUGGAAUUACUCCCAAUAAAUCAGGUAUUGAAGGUGUUGAGUUGAAUCCUCUUGCUGCAGUAUGUGUCAAAAUAUAUUCUGGAGGAAAAGAAUUAAAGGUGGAUGGCUCCAUUCAAAUGUCCCUCCCCCUUCUCCAUACAAAUGAUAUAAGUGCAGGGGACUACAUACCUGCCUGGACAUUUGAUAUGGACACAGGUGCUUGGGUAAAUCAUGGCCUGGGAAUGGUAAAAGAAUAUAAUAAUCAUUUAAUUUGGACAUAUGAUGCUCCAUAUUUGGGCUACUGGAUAGCAGCUCCACUCCCAGGAACUAGAGUUUCAAGUACAAAUGGAGAUUUAACGGAUAUAACAGCCUACCACACAGUGUUCCUUACAGCCAUAUUAGGAGGAACCAUAGUCAUUGUCAUUGGAUUUUUUGCCAUUCUUCUUUGUUAUUGCAGGGAUAAAUGUGGUACUCCACAGAAAAGAGAAAGAAAUAUCACUAAACUUGAGGUCCUGAAGAGAGAUCAAACCACAUCCACAACACAUAUAAAUCACAUCAGUUCAGUUAAAGUUGCAUUAAAAACUGAGGAUAAGUCACAGUUAUUCAAUGCCAAAAACUCGUAUAGCCCUCAAAAAAAGGAAACGUCAAAUAUAGAAGCAGAAGAAAGAGUGUCCGUAGUGAAAACUCGGGACAAUUUUAAAAUCUAUAAUGAAGAUGUUUCAUUUCUCUCAGUCAGUCAAAGUAAUUACUCAAGAAACCCAACACAGUCUCUGGACCCCAGCUUCGGAUCUAAGCAGCCUAAACACAUUAAUAGCAAUCUGUCUCCAUCCUUAAGUGAUGCUCCAGAGGAAAAGCGGUAUCUCACAGGUAAUGAGGAGGUAUAUGGGCGUUCCCACAUUCCAGAGCAGCUCAUGCAUCUCUAUAGCCAGCCCAUUGCCAUCCUUCAAACCUCUGACCUUUUCUCCGCCCCUGAGCACAUACAUACCGCUAAGUCAGCUACUUUGCCAAGAAAGGGACAGUUAGUCUAUGGCCAGUUGAUGGAACCAGUAAACAGAGAGAUCUUUACCCAGACAUUGCCCAAAAUGCCAAUGCAUCCUCAGCCCCCAGAUGCCAGGGAAGAAAACAUCCCACUUGAAGGUCAGCAGAGCUUGCCAUCCCAAACUUCAGAUUGGAGCCGGUAUUCGAACAGCUUACUAGAAUCUGUCUCUGUUCCAGGAACAUUAAAUGAAGCUGUCGUAAUGACCCCCUUUUCGUCCGAACUUCAAGGAAUUUCUGAGCAGACUCUGCUGGAACUGUCCAAAGGAAAACCCUCCCCACAUCCCAGAGCCUGGUUUGUGUCUCUCGAUGGGAAGCCAGUUGCUCAAGUGAGACAUUCCUUUAUAGACCUGAAAAGGGGCAAGAGAACCCAGAGUAAUGACACGAGCCUAGACUCGGGGGUUGACAUGAAUGAACAUCACUCGAGUAGGAAACUCGAGAGGGAGAAGACUUUCAUCAAGAGCAUGCAUCAGCCCAAGAUCCUUUACUUGGAAGACUUAGAUCUCAGUAGCAGUGAGAGUGGCACCACCAUCUGCUCCCCUGAGGACCCUGCCUUAAGGCACAUCCUCGAUGGAGGGAGUGCAGCCAUCCUAGAGCAUCCUGGGGAAGAGUCCCCUGGAAGAAAGAGCAAUGUUGAAGAUUUUGAAACCAAUAUAUCCCCCACGAGAAAACGGAGCCGACCACCACUGGCCAAAAGAGAUAGCAAGACGAAUAUCUGGAAGAAGAGGGAGGAACGCCCACUGAUCCCCCUAAAUUAACCCCCCAGCGCGGUUGUAUCUCUGCUGCUGUGUUGUGCUGUUAGUCUUGCUUCUUGUAAAAUUGCGGUAUGAACUGAAGUUGAGACUGAGCAAUUUCAUGGUCCCCAGACAUGUCACAAGCAGAGUAAAUAGUAGCAUGGUUGUUGGUUAAUGAAAGAGACAAAGGAUUUUUUUUUCUGACCUAUUGAAUUUGAAGUAUUCAGGAAAAACAAAUGUAGAAAAGAACUCUUAGGAUGAUGUUCUCUGGAAAAGUUGCUCAGUUGACCAAUUUUGCCCUGAUUCUCUUCUUCACUGUGAAAACGUGUAUUCCUAAAGUUGCUUCCCAAAAUGUUGCCUCUGCUUUAAAGACUACUGCAAGUGUUGAGAAAUCCCUGUGUUGUUUAGGCAUAUUCCAAUGAAACAUUAUUAUUCUAUUCUGCUUUGCCUAUUCUUGAACUUGAUGGAUGUUUGGGACUGAUAACAUUCUAGAACUUUAAAGGCUAAAUUUUUUUUUUGUUGUUGUUGUUCCUUUUUGUUUUCUUUUUGAAUUUAAUUUGAUUGAACAAGCUAUUACUUCUUUGAGAAACGAAUAUUCUAAAAUCGAACUUUAUUUUCAGUUUUCUUCUCCCUUCUCCCACCUUCAAAAACGAACUUGCUUUUCAGGAAAAACUUACCAAUAUGGAGCAAAGUGAAACACAUAGUCUAAAAUCAUUUGAACUACAUUUUGAUUUAAAAAAAGUUAGAGGUAUAGUUAUUAAGGGCUAUUAAAUUUGGCAUAACAAAGUCCAUGAAUCAAAACAAUCUGAGCCUAUACUAAAAUAUGUGGAGGUAAAGGAAGGAAACAUUUCCAUGUUUCUCUUAUAUGUUAAUGAAACGAAAUAAACACCAUUUUCUUUAAAUUUAAGUUUGAUAACUUCACAUAUGUAGAUGUUAGAUGUUCUUUUUUUUAAAAUAUAUUUGAGGAAAACAGUUCAAUUUCAUGGGGAAAGCAUUUCUUUUUUGAUUCAGUUAGAUUCUUUCAACAUUUUUUCCUUCCAGUUUGAAAGUACUGUAUUCAUCAUUUUCAUCAUAGUAAAGAAUUGUUAUGAACACUUUUAGUUAUGCACCUCAGCUCUUCAUUUUCAUUUAUAGCCUAAAAAUAAAAAUUUUUGCUGAUUAAAAUCCA